CAUGUCUGAGGAAGUGCAUAAAGCCGAGAAACAAAAGUAUUUGGCUGUAUACGAAAUUAUAAAGCUCAAGCUAUUGUAGGCACUGAGAUCGAGCUAGUAGAACAGAUGGCAAAUGGAUUAUAUAUAUUGUACAAGAACUUUAAGUCAAUUAGCUUACUUUGCGGUCUAUGCAAUUUUCUGUGGAAAUGGAAAAUAUGCUUAAGCAUAGAACUCAUAACAGAAAAAUACAAACAAAUUGCCUUUUUAGAAUUCAAAAGUACUUUGUUGAAGACGCCUAAUGCAUUGAUGCCUGUAGGAAAUCAGGGCAUGAAAAUACGUUUUGCAUGCAAGGGGGUAGAGCAUUACUUCUAACGAUGAUAAUAAUAAUCAGAUUGUCAUAACGUCAUCUUCCACGAAUACAGCAAAUACACAAGGAGCGAAAGAGCAAAAUGGUGUAGCAGACGGGGUAAGGCAAGUUAAUUUGGUAAUUUACCAGAAAGUCGAACAGUACUUGGAACUUGAAAUUGCCUUGCUUGGCGUAUAUUAAUCGGAAAAAUGUCUUUGCAAUGCGUUACAUUUUGGAUGGAACUUUUGAAAAAAGUUCGUAUUGCUGAUGACAUUAAGAAUAAUAAGGACGACGCUCAGCUUGAAUUGGAGAAAUUAUUGAAAUUAAAGUUGCCGUACCACUCAAUAGGCAUUUAUCCAUUUGGCUCGCGUAUAAUGGGAGUUGCCCAGGAAACUUCAGAUUUGGACGUUUACGUUGAAUUGGACAACAGCUUCUACGAAUACAGCGAGUCACCUAGUAUGGAAGUCCUGGAACGACAACGAAUUGUGGCUAAUGCUUUUAACUCAGAAUCAAAUUGGAAGCGUAUUGCCACCUUUGGCGGAAGAUGUCCCAUCGUGACGGUCAAGCAUUCGACUGGCUUGCAGUGCGAUCUUAGUUUCUUUAACGGUCUGACCUAUAGACAAAAUAUACUGGUCAUGUAUCUGUUUGAACUACAGCCUAUAGAAGCUCGCUAUAUGGUGAUCUAUUUACGAGGCUGGAUACAAAACAUUGGUCUGAAAGACGCAUUUCGUAGCCAUAUACUCAUACUAAUGGUCAUAUUCUUUUUACAAUUACAUAACCAUUUGCCUGGGAUUGACAGGCUACAGGAAAAUCAGGAACCAACUGUUGGACCAUGGGUUACUACGUUCAAUCAAUUGAAAUUAUCAGACUUUAAUAUGAGCAAGUUAGAAGUCGAUGAGUAUAAUACGCGUUCAGUUUUAAAGCAAUUCUUUCGGUUCUACGCCAACUUUAACUUUGCCCAGUAUGCUAUUUGCCCUUAUUUGGGAAGGUAUGUGGAACGUCUAUUAUUUGACAGACAUAUGCCCCAAAGAUAUACUCAAUUGCGCAUCAGAGAUAAUAAGUUUACACGGUUUACCACGGCCAUUCAAGAUUUCAUAUUGCUUGACUUUAAUAAGGGUUGGCAAAUAAGGGGAAUGCAUGUUUACACAUUCAAAUGUAGAUGCCAAAAAGAGCUUGAUUAAUGGAAGAUUACUAUAUAUUUACUUUAUGCAUUUAUAUAUAACUAUUUUAAACAAUAUUUUAUGUAAGACACAACAAUUUGAAUGUUUUUUUUUUAACGAAUGAUCUUAUUAAUACAUAAAAAGCGCACUUUAAUUUUGAACAGACGCAUCAGAUCACAAAAUGAUGAAUGAUUUCUGAAUAAAUCAGCUUAUGUACUCGAAUCUUUAGUUGUUUUCGACCAAACGUUAAUAUUCAUAAUUUCGCUUGCACUUGACCUAUCAAUUAGUGAAGCUGUCACUCAGAAAACCCAUGUAUAAUUAAAAUCUUUGUCUCCUGGCAUUGGCAUUGAACUAUUUAAAUUGCAUGCUUCGCUGCACAAUUGUGUGGAAAAUUGAUUUUCAAUUGAAUACAAGAGAGCUCAAGUCGAGUGUCCGAAUAGGGUACACCCUGAAACAGCUGCCCUGGGAAACAUUCUAGAUUUGUUCUAAAAAAAAUCAAGAUCUAUUGUACAUAUACCCAAUAUCGCGCGUCACAAGCAGGAAAUGUCACACUUCCGAAAUGAACUUUCCGACAAGCUACAAACCAAGUUUAUUGAAUAAAGCUCUUAUAAUUUU